GAGCGCGCAAAUUCGAAAUUCGAAAGCAAACACAUCAAGACCUAUCUAGGAAGCGCGCGCGCCAUUUCCAUCAACUGUUUGCUGUCGAGUGCGCGCGUUGUUUUGCCUUCGUGAUUUUGAAUAUACGGAUAUAAGAGUUUAGUAGGGCGUUUCUCCAAUCAUUUUAGUAUGGAUAGCAAUAUUGGUUUUGGGUACAAUGUUGACAAGAUUGCCGACACACGCCGCCCAGCAAUUCAAUACGAAGCGAGAAAUGACGCGGGCAGCCAAUUGCCUAGAAGUAGGGUCAAAACGAUCAAGAGCGUCCGUUCGAAAAAACUGAAGCCAAGAAAGAAUCGACCCUUCAAGGACGUUUAAUUUAUGAGCUUAGAAUGCUGCCCUCGAAACAAUUGCCUGCUAGCCCACGAUAAGGGACAACUACGACAGAAUGGCAUACAUGUCUCUUGUGACGGAAAGAGGAAUAUUAUAAGCUACCAUAUGAAGGACAACACGGGGCUAAAAAAAGUAAAAAAAUGGAAAGUGGCCUUCAUGAGAGUCUUCGGCAUAGGAAAGAAGAAGAUAUCGGUGCUCUUGAAAAAGGUCCAGCCAUUUUCUGGGUAUGUUCUCGAAGACCAGAGGCGUUUCACACAAAACCAGAGAAAAAUCCCACUUCGAAUCAAAGCAGAGGUCGUUGAGCAUUUCAGAAGCUAUGACCGUUCACAGUCCCAUUACGCGCGCGCAUUUACAAAGGAGAAGCAAUACUUGUCAUCUAAUCUGAGUCUUUCACAAUUAUGGCGGGAUUUCUUAGCCAAGAAAGGCAUUGGAAGGGUCGACAUCGCUCCCUUGAGUUUUACUUCUUUUAGGAGAAUAUUCAAAACGUUUAGCCUCUCGUUUCGUAAGCCUCACGUGGACACCUGCCCUAAUUGCGACAGUUUCCAGAUUAUUAUCAGGCAUGGCAACGCCUAAAAAAAGCAGAUAUACAUUAUGACAGACAGACAGACAGACAGACAGACAGACAGACAGACAGACAGACAGACAGACAGACAGACAG